UCUUUGAUUUGACCCCCCUGAUAUUUUGAUGGCUAAGAGCUUUGAGAAGCCGAAGUUUAGCCUAAGACUUCUCAUUGAUGAGGAGAAAAACAGAGUUAUUUUGGCUGAAGCUGGGAAGGAUUUUGUUGAUGUGCUCUGUAGUCUUUUGACUCUUCCUAUGGGUACCAUUGUCAGGUUGCUCGAGAAGCAUCAGAAUCCGCAGUCUUCAGUCGUUGGUUGUUUACACAAUCUUUACAAAAGUGUUGCAGACAUGGACGUUGAUAAUUUCGAGUCUCAAGCUUGUAAGCAUUUCUUGCUGCAUCCUCGGAGUGCGAAGGGGAGUCAUGGCAGAGAUCUAAAGCUCAACAUUGAUGACACCGAGGCGACCAAGUUCUUUGUCUGCCCAAAUUUUGUUUCUACUGAAGCAUGCCGUAAGUUAUUCAGCAAUGUUAGUACCAUGAAGUGUCGUUGUGGAAGCUCUAUGCACCGUGAGAUUCCGGUUGAAGAACAGCAAGCUGAUGGAGUAUUUCCCAGCUGCAGAACAUCAUUUGUUAUUACGGAUGAUCUCAAAGUGGCAUUGAACUCUAUGGGUCUUGUUUUGAAUGUCCUCAAUGAUUUUGGUUACUCUGGUUUUGAUAAGCUGCAAGAAAUGCUUAUUGAUGUUGGUUUUGAAGAGAUUCUAACUUUGCUAGGGUGUUUGUUCACUUCGGAAGCUCCAUUGACAGACACCUUCCUGAGGAAACAUUGCAUGUCAAGGAAACGUAAAAUGUUGACACCACUUGUACAAGAAAGCAGUGUUGCAGGAGCUGCAGACAAUCUCUUAACUUUGAAAGUUUAUGUUAGAAAGACAGACAGGGCUGUUCUCUAUGCUGAGUGCAGAGAAGAAUUCGUUGAUUUUCUUUUCACUUUUCUUGCCAUCCCGAUUGAGUUUGCUUGGGAACUUUCUAUUGACAUUGGUAAUAUGGGCUGUGUUGGUAAUCUGUGCAGAAGUGUGAAAGAUUUGAGCUUUGAGAAGCAGAAAGCAGCCACAGUUUCUCAAUGCAUGCUUCCUUAUUUCUACUGGAAGGGCACAACCUCUUGAUGUUGUUAUCCAGGAAUCACCAGAAUAUGAAUGCUUGGUCACCCAUUAUGGUCAUAACAUGCUCUGUAAAAAGAUUAACAAGGCUGUGCUUUCAAACGGUGAAAUAAUUGCAAAGUUCACUUCAGCUUCUGCUAGUAUUGGACUUGUGAAGGGAGAAACAAAUUUCAUAGUGUCAGAUGAUCUGGUUGUCACUCCUAUGAACUCGUCCUCAACAAUUUCAUUGUUAAGCAAGCUGCAGAUGAACAUUGGUGAUAUUGAGGAGCAAGUAAUUAGCAUUGGCAAAGCUGAGGCCACUAGCUUACUUAGAGCUUCUUUGAUCACAACCUCUGCCUUAACCAAUGGUCUCUCAAACUUCCUCUCAAAGAUGGACCCGGACGAAGUAACUCAAUCUACACCUAAGAUUCAAAAGUCUGACAAACCAAAUGAAGCUUGGCAGCUUCUGUAGCUAUGUUCCUUUUUCUUGUUUUGCUGCAGACAGAAUCUUUGAGAGCAUGGCGUUUGUUUGAUUGUACUCCAUUUGCUCUAUGUAAGGAUUUUUCUGAAUUAACACUAUGUUGAGGAUCUUGACAACUCUUAUUAAGAAAUCUUACAGAGAAAUGUCUCAAA